CUUUAGCCCAGUGUUAAGUCUUUGUUGUCCAUCAUUAUCCCCGCUAGCGGCAACUGCCUCCUCCGGCUGUUCGGGAGUUAUGGCUCGACUCCGAGGGAGCGGCGCCUCGGCUUGGACCAGGAAACGCCUCAGCGAGCUGCCCGUGCCCCGGUUGGCUCUGGCUCCCACUGAGUUUGUGUCCGUUUUUAACGUGCCACCACAGCGGGGGUAACAUUCAGCUAUGGCCGAACACGCGCUGCUGCUGCCGGUGGGAAACAUGUGGCGAUAUCUGGCCUGCGCCAAGUCCGAGCUGCGUCUGGAUCUCACUCUCGCCUGCGGACAAUCCUUCCGCUGGAGGGAAACCGCAGAAGGGCACUGGACCGGAGUGAUGGGAGGGCGCGUCUGGACUCUGAGCCAGACGGACGAGGCUCUCCGGUACCACGUCCACAGGAGCUCAGGCGGGCGAGGAGAGCCGGCGGGGCCCCGGGAGAGGAGAGCGGGUGUUCCCCUCCACACGGAAGGGUCGUCAGGGGGGAGCUCCGCAGGAGCUGUGAAUGAGGAGGAGGAGGAGGAGGAGGAGGAGGAGGAUGAUGAGGAGGAGGAGCCGGUGACCGAGGACACCGAUGAGGAAGCGGAGAUGCUGAGGGACUACUUCCAGCUGAACGUCAGUCUGGGGGAUCUGUACCAGCAGUGGGGAGCAGCAGACCCCCACUUCCAGCGCAUCGCAGCCUCCUUCCCAGGCGUGCGAGUGCUUCGCCAGGACCCCACCGAGUGUCUGUUCUCCAUCAUCUGCACCGCCAACAACCACAUCUCCCGUAUACACGGCAUGGUGGACAGGCUGUGUCAGGCUCUGGGCGCCCCGCUGGGCACGCUGGACGGAACCUCUUACCACGACUUCCCCUCCCUGUCUGCGCUCGCUGGCGGCGGCGUGGAGGCCCGUCUGAGGGAUCUGGGUUUCGGAUACAGGGCUCCGUUCCUCCAGCGGAGCGCAGCGCAGAUCCUGGCCGCCGACGGGCCCCGGUGGCUCGAGGGUCUCCGGGCCGCCCCGUACGCGGAGGCGCACGAGGCCCUGUGCGCUCUCCCCGGCGUGGGCGCCAAGGUGGCGAACUGCGUGUGUCUGAUGUCCCUGGACAAGGCCGAGGCCGUGCCCGUGGACACGCACGUGUGGCAGAUCGCCAAGCGGGACUACGGAUACACGGCCGGCAAAGCACCGAAGAGCAUCACCAACAAACUGCAACGGGACCUCGGGGUGUUCUUCAGGACGCUGUGGGGUCCUCGCGCCGGUUGGGCGCAGUCGGUGCGGUUCUGUGCCGAACUCAAGAAGUUCCAACCGCUGAGGGAAACGGCGCAGCUGAAGAAAGAGGACGAGGACGAGGACGAGGACAAGAAGGAGGUGACGGUAGCUCGCGAGGGCGCGAAGGCCGAGGGAAGUGGAAAUGCGAAGGGAGGGAGGAACAAGCCGGCGCGUCACAAGAAAGCGAAGACGUCGGCCUGAGGGAGUGAUGGAGUGAGGUGAUCACGCUCCUCGUGUCAGGAGCUCACAUCCGAUUACAGUACUACACAUUAUAUAUAUAUAUUUGUAUAUUUAGCUAUAAAUAUAUAGCUGGGACUUUCUAGGCUGUGAAUACUUAUGUACAUGUUACGUUUUCGUUCUUUAUUUUUAACAGAUUUGCAACAAUUUGCAAA